GUUAUAUCCGGAAUUCCGAGGUAAUUUCCCGAUCUGACUACUAAGUAGUAAAAAUGCUGAAAAAUUGUAGAUCUAUUACAAUUUCUAUUGUGAAUCACUACUCUACGGGACCGACUAACAUACUCAUUUCUAUAUUAUUAUUGUGUAAGUAGUUUCUUGUCAAUAUUGAACAUGAAUCAUCGUGUUUAUAUACCAACCUGGAAAUUUUUACAUUUAGCCUUCUUGCGUAAUAGAUUAUUCUUUUUUAUAUAAAGAGCAAGUAUAUAAUCUUAAAACUUAUACUUAGAGUUUGUUAUUAACGUUCCUACCAUGUCAGAAACUAUCGUUUACACGCAUCGUAAAGUCGACAAGCACGUUGCAGUUGUAGACAUGGCCGAUUGGGGUAUGGAAGACUAUAAAUUCUUAUUCAAAGUGGUACUAAUUGGUAAUGCAGGAGUAGGAAAAACUAGUCUAGUUAAAAGAUUCACUCAGAAUAUCUUCCCCAUGGGACAGCAAUCUACAAUUGGCGUGGAUUUUAUGAUAAAAAAUUUAAUAAUUGAUGGAGAGAAAGUUAAGCUCCAAAUUUGGGAUACAGCCGGUCAGGAGAGAUUUAGGUCGAUAACACAGUCUUACUAUCGUUCCGCAAACGCCUUAAUACUUGUUUACGACAUAAGUUCACAAGCAACUUUCGAUUGUUUACCUCAGUGGUUAAGUGAGAUUGAAACAUAUGCUGGAAAUAACGUAUUGACUUAUCUAGUCGGAAAUAAAUGCGAUAAAGUAACUCGCAGGGAAAUACCUCGAGAAAAGGCAGAUGACUUCGCUAAUAGGCACGAUAUGGUAUUUAUAGAAACCUCAGCGAAAGAAUGCGAUAACGUUGAUCAAUUAUUUUCUCAAAUCGCCCAAAAACUUACUAAAGAUGCCAAUAGGAGUAUGUUUGCUACUGAACUUCCCUCAAUUUUCUCAUCCGGUAGCAGGCCUAUUUCAGCACAGCCUUUGAUCGAUUCAGUAAAGAGUAGAUGUUGCAAAACUUCCUAG